AAACCUUCAACAAACGUUCCUAUCCCUCUUUCCGUGGAUAUAUUUUCUUCUAAGUUCAUCUUUAUAAUCUCAAUCAAAUCGUUCAGUUCACUAAUCAACAACUUCAAAAAAUAUGGAAAAAUUUAACAACAAAGGCCUAAGAGGGCGUCGUAUAUGGGAUGCAAAUAGUUCACUCUACGAUACAUUCGAGCUCAACUCCUUCAGACGUCAACUUGAUGCAGCCAUUAUCUCUUCUGCCAGGUCGCAAUCCAUGCCUCAUUUAUCCGCCGUCCACCGUCGCCCGCUUCCACAACAGCAAGAAGCAAAGUCCACUACAACAACAACAGCAGUUUCGAAAAAAUCUAAAAUUUUCCGAUCUCUAAACAAAUUUCUCAGAUCAUUUUUGAGGCACAAGGCUAAUUCAAAUAAAGUGAAUAAAUUCGACGCGGCCGCUGAAUGUGCUGAUCAAUUCGGUGAGCAGUUAUCAACGAUCCAUGAGUAUCCAGAGUGGGGUUAUGAUAAAGGAUUUCCGUUUGAAGAAUUUGAUGAUGAUUCCAACUUUAAAAUCGCAAAGAAAGUUUCCGAUGAUUCGAUUAUCUUCAACAAGUCCAAGUUUGACGAAGACUUUAUAAUUGUGAAGAAAUUACCGUCUGAUCGGCUUACGUCCACAAAUUCAAUUGGCAUUUCCUUGAUGUAGACUUGUAGGCGAUAACGUGAGUGAUUAAUUUUCAAUUAUACAGUGUGUAUGUUGUUAGUAUAUUAUUUCAAUAUUUUUCUUUGAUGUAUGUAGUAUAUGUUCAGUUGUAAAAUUAAUACAGGCGAUAGCUUUAACUAUUC